GGAUACUGGGUGAUGCUGCGCCGAGUGCGACGUCAUCCGACCAGCCGGCAGCACGUUCAUGGAUGUCGCCGAAUCAACACCCGCCCUGAGAAAUGAGUGCAAGUGCUGAUUUUGAGAAACGCAGCGGCAAGAGGCUGACGACUGAACACUGGUGAAGUCGAGACAGGACAGGACAGGACAGGACGCUCUCUGCCCGCAUCCGCAGCUCACCAUGAGGGAAAUCGUGCACAUCCAGGCCGGGCAGUGUGGGAAUCAGAUCGGGGCGAAGUUCUGGGAAGUGAUAAGCGAUGAGCACGGCAUCGACCCCACCGGCAGUUACCAAGGUGACAGUGACCUGCAGCUGGAGAGGAUAAACGUCUACUACAAUGAGGCAUCAGGGAGUUCAGGCAGCAAAUUUGUCCCCCGAGCCAUUCUGGUGGACCUGGAGCCAGGAACCAUGGAUUCAGUUCGCUCCGGCCCAUUUGGACAGCUGUUCAGGCCCGACAACUUUGUCUUUGGUCAAAGUGGAGCAGGAAAUAACUGGGCCAAGGGUCACUACACCGAGGGCGCUGAACUGGUGGACUCGGUCCUGGACGUGGUGAGGAAGGAGUCUGAGAACUGCGACUGCCUGCAGGGCUUUCAGCUCACCCACUCCCUGGGCGGCGGUACGGGCUCAGGGAUGGGCACGCUGCUCAUCAGCAAGAUACGCGAGGAGUACCCCGACCGCAUCAUGAACACCUUCAGCGUCAUGCCUUCCCCGAAGGUGUCCGACACCGUGGUGGAGCCCUACAACGCCACGCUCUCCGUCCACCAGCUGGUGGAAAACACAGAUGAGACGUUCAGCAUUGACAAUGAGGCCCUGUACGAUAUUUGCUUCCGCACCCUGAAGCUGACCACACCCACCUACGGAGACCUCAACCACCUGGUAUCCGCCACCAUGAGCGGUGUGACCACCUGCCUCCGCUUCCCCGGCCAACUGAACGCUGACCUCCGUAAGCUGGCUGUCAACAUGGUGCCCUUCCCUCGCUUGCAUUUCUUCAUGCCGGGCUUUGCGCCUCUCACAAGCCGGGGCAGUCAGCAGUAUCGCGCCCUCUCCGUGCCAGAGCUCACGCAGCAAAUGUUUGAUGCCAAGAACAUGAUGGCGGCCUGUGACCCCCGUCACGGACGCUACCUCACGGUGGCAGCCAUCUUCCGCGGCCGUAUGUCAAUGAAGGAAGUGGAUGAGCAGAUGCUGAGCGUGCAAAACAAGAACAGCAGCUAUUUUGUCGAAUGGAUUCCGAACAACGUCAAGACCGCUGUCUGCGACAUCCCGCCCCGUGGUCUCAAGAUGUCCGCCACCUUCAUUGGCAACAGCACGGCCAUUCAGGAGCUGUUCCGGAGAAUCUCCGAGCAGUUCACGGCCAUGUUCCGCCGCAAGGCCUUCCUCCACUGGUACACCGGGGAGGGGAUGGACGAGAUGGAGUUCACAGAGGCCGAGAGCAACAUGAACGACCUGGUGUCAGAGUAUCAGCAGUACCAGGAUGCCACCGCAGAUGAGAUGGGAGAAUAUGAGGAGGACGAAAUGGAAGAGGAGGAGGAAGUCCGCCACGACGUUCACCACUGAUUAUAAAUCACUGACCUGAUAUUCUGAGUGAACCCGCCCCUCCAAAUUGUAAUUUGUUUUUGGACAGUACAGUGAGAUCGCAGGAAGCACGCUAAAGAUGAAGAUGAGCAACGACAUAUUGAAGUGUGUGGAACGUGAUGAAAUAUAACUGUCAAGCAAAACCUAUGCUGCGUCUAGAUAUGGCUUUUACUGACAAAAGAUCAUGAGUGAUGCUAGAAUUCAAACAAAUGCAACAAUUGUAGUAUGAGGUUUUCCCAGUCAUGCUUUGCCAGACUCAAAAAAAGAAGUGCGGUCUUGUCCAAAAUACAGUUGUGUAGCAUUUACUUCAACAUGCAUCCACUGUAGUCUCUAAUAAAACACCCAUUCCUGUCAA